AUGUACAAUCGUCAGAGGAAAGAGAUACACAGAUAUCUUGGAAUGACUUUGGAUUUCUUGGUGAAAAGAAAGCUCAAGAUCCGCAUGGACGACUAUGUCAAGAACAUGUUGGAGGAGUUUCCUAUCAAGUUCAACAAGGAUUCAAAGCAGGAAACACCAGCUGGCAACGAUUUACUGGAGGCUGGUAAAGGAAAGUUACUCAAUGCUGAGUACUGUCAAAUCUUUCAUACUACUGUUGCAAGGGGACUUUAUGUCUCUAAGAGAGCUCAUUUCAAGAGCCAUACUGGCGGCACUCUGUCCUUUGGAGGAGGUGCAGCUCAAGUGAUGUCGAAGAAACAAAAACUAAACAGCAGAAGCAGUACAGAAGCGGAACUGAUUGCUGUUGACGAUGUUGUCACCAUGAUACUAUGGACAAAGUUGUUCAUGGAGUGGCAAGGGUAUCCGAUUGAGAAGAAUAUCUUGUAUCAGGAUAACAAAAGCGCGAUUCUACUGGAAGAGAAUGGUCGCAAGAGCACGGGCAAAAGAAGCCGAGCUAUCAAUAUUCGUUAUUUCUUUAUCACAGAUCAAGUUGAGAAAGGAAAUGUUAAGAUCAAAUGCAGUCCAACUGACAAUAUGAUUGCGGAUUUUAUGACUAAGCCAUUGCAUGGUGAGAAGUUUUGCAAGUUCAGAGAUCUGAUUCUUGGUCCACAGGAAUAG